AUGGUCAAAAUCGUAACCUGGAAUGUUAAAGGUCUACGCUCUCCGCAUAAGAGGUUGAUGGUUUUACGUCAUUUGAAAAAAUUGCAUGCAGAUAUUGCUUUGUUACAAGAAAUGCAUCUAGGGGCAAUAGAUUUUAGGAGAAUGAAGAAAUUAUGGGUGGGAGAAGUGAUAGGGUCCCCAUCUGAUGGGAAAAAGGCGAGUGUGCUCAUACUGUUACAUAAAAGACUGCAUUAUAAGAUAUUGACAACAGAUACAGAUGACAGUGGGAGACUGGCUACCCUAACCAUAGAGACCCCUGCAGGGAAAUUGUCAAUUUAUAAUGUAUAUGCCCCAAAUGUGCAAGCAGGUCCCUUCAUUGGGAAACUAGAAAGGCUAAUCCUGCAGGACUCCAACAACUUAGUGUUAAUUGGAGGAGACCUUAAUAUGGUGCAUUCGGUCUCUGAAGAUAGGAAACGAACCAGGAUUGGUAGAGCAGAUAGGCAGGAGGAAUCGUCCAUACUUCCUACUAUGCUGGAAGCCACUAAAUUGACAGAUAUCUGGCGACAUUACAGUUAG